CUAUGGUAACAUUACAAACAGGUGACGCAUUUUAUCAAUUUCGUUGCAUGUCAAAAAGUACUUACAGACAAAGAGUGACUAUUAUUUUUAUUUUUACUCAAAUUAUAUAAAUUUUACGUGCAUAAUGUCUUCAAGAAAAAAGGUUCUUCUUAAAGUUAUUAUCCUUGGGGAUAGUGGUGUCGGAAAAACGUCGUUGAUGAAUCAGUUUGUCAACAAGAAAUUUUCCAAUCAGUACAAGGCUACAAUAGGCGCAGAUUUUCUCACGAAAGAGGUAAUUGUCGACGAUAGAAUCGUCACAAUGCAGAUUUGGGACACUGCGGGACAGGAGCGGUUCCAAUCAUUAGGAGUGGCGUUCUACCGUGGGGCGGAUUGUUGCGUCUUAGUUUUUGACGUAACUGCCCCCAACACGUUUAAGUCCUUGGAGAGCUGGAGAGAUGAAUUCCUGAUACAGGCAUCUCCGCGCGAUCCAGAAAAUUUCCCAUUCGUUAUACUAGGUAACAAGGUCGAUUUGGACAACCGCGCGGUGUCUGCUAAACGUGCACAGCAGUGGUGUCAAAGUAAAAAUGAUAUUCCAUACUUUGAAACGAGUGCCAAAGAAGCCGUGAACGUAGAACUCGCAUUCCAGACUAUAGCGCGUAAUGCCCUAGCGCAGGAGACGGAGGCAGAGCUUUACAAUGAAUUCCCAGAUCAAAUCAAGUUGAAUGCCAAUGACAAUGGGCGCAACAGGGAUGGAGACAACUGUGCUUGCUAGGUUUCACUGCAUCUUUCAUAUUGGCAAUACAUUGGUGUUCCCUUAUUAUUUUACAUUGAAUUGAAUAUUCUAUUUAUAAGUAAUGGUUAUUUUAAUAUUUUAUCAAUGUGUAAAAAAAUGUAUAGGAGUGAUAAAUCUUUCAUCUUUAUUUUUGUGAUUUGCUUAAUUAAUACAUGCAGGUGUGUGAGUUAGGCAAGACAAAAUAAAAAGAAAUGCUUCAUCACAUUGUUGAAAGAUGUUGUCAUGGUAGUAUUUAAUAUAUGAACCAAUUAUGAAGUACAACUUGAUCUGCUGCCUCAUUCCAUGAUAGCAAACAAAAGUUACGUGAUAAUAGCAGAUUGCAUCUGGACUGAUAGUAAAGUGGGAUUUAUGGUGAUAAGUCCUAUUUUUCUUGUUAUUAUACCAGAAGUAAAUAUUGCCAGUUUUAUUACAAGCUAAGAAUUGGAGUGAAUCUUUUGUUCAAGCUAGCUUCCUAACAGGCCAGAUGUAAUUGCUUACAAUUUGUGAGAGGCUACAGAUUGAAAAUUGUUAACAAAAAGAACAAAAACUUUUGUUUAACAAUAAUUUGAUUUGGUAUUCUUUUAUGUAUAAAAUAAUGUUACAUUUUAUAAUGCAUUAGAAUUAAAUGUUUAUAUUCUUUUGUGUGAUUAUUUAGUGAUAAAAAGUUGAGUUUUUAAGAAUUAGAGUUUUAUCAAUAAAAGUUUUAACAUUCAUUAUGUUAUUUUAGGAAAAAGAAAUCUUAAAUAAAAACAUUGUAUCAUAAUUACCCAGUGCCUCACUCCUUUUGUCAAAAUUUUGAUUUAAGUUAUUAAAAAUCUGCAUUUCAUAUGGUCAGGCAUUUUAUAUUCACUCAUUCCGAGUUUUAACUAUAUUAAAAAAAAUGUAAGUUUAGAUAAUUGGUAAACCAUGUGGAAAGGUCCUGUUUGGGUAGCAGUUAUAACUUUUACACAUUGUAUAGUAUUUGUAGUAAGAGGAUUCAUUAGAGGAUACAUAUGUACCGGUAUUCACAGUCAUUACUAUGAGUCUCACAGUGCGCUCGACCACAUUGCAUAGGUUCCACCAAUCAGAUCAUUGUAAAUUGACGUGACACAGUAAUCUGAUUGGUGGAACCUAUACUAUGCGUUCGCGAGCACUGUGAGACCUCAUAGUAAUGAUUGUGAAUAUGGGUAAUAGACACAACUGGACUGGCAUUCCUAGUGCCUAAAAGCUGGCAAAUCAAUGCAGUGGCAGGAGCCAGCUACCAUGGAAAACAAUUAUUGAUACUCAUGGACUAUUCCGCCCAGUUUAAUUGUCUUCCAUCUUUUAUCUUUCUCUGCAAAUUAUGUAAGAAAUUGUGAUUACAGUAUACAUAUAAUUUGAAAUGAUUACCAUAGUCAUUCCAGAUGUGUCACAUCCAAGAAAAUGUUUCCUGUAGGCCUUACACCAAUGCUUAACACUGUAGUUGUGAUAAUCACAUAACACAAUUGUUGUUAAUGGCUGAAAUUGUUGUAUUCUUGCUACAACAGUGCAUUUUAGCCAGUAACAAUAAAGUUAUAGUCACAUUAUAAAUGUCAAACUUUGGUGCUCGGGCCUUAGUAGUCAAUCUAUAAUAACUUGUAACUAUCAUUUGAUUGUAUAUUUAUUUAAUAGUUAUUGUCAUUUUUCGUGACCUUAAAUCCAGAUGUGGAAUAAUUAUUUUCGAUGGCCAAAAAUGAAACCACCAAAAAUAUAUAUACCUACUUAAUAUUAUUUACUUAAACUUUUAAUAUUGUCAGUUUCAAAAUUUUUGGAUAUUCUCAAAUUGAUUUUAUUUUCACCAGUUAUAUUAUAUGCUAAAGAUUUCUGUAUAUAUUUGAAUUUUAUAUAUUUAGAUAUAAGUAGUUAAUGAUAAAUAUUAACAAGUAUGCCUAUUAUAUACCUACGUUCUAAAGAUUACUCAGCAUUUGUAAGACACAUUGUUAUUUGAGUAAUAGUGCAACAUUAUAUGAUAGUGACAUCAUUAUUUUCAUGCUCAGAUACUCAUAAAUACUUGCCACUACUGCUCGUCCAUGCAAAACUAAGCAUAGCUGCAUAGACAGUGGUUUUAUAACAUACUUACAGAUAUCUCUAGAAAUAUAUGUACUAUUAAUGUAUCAUACUGUCUCAUGUAGCAUGGUCUUUGUGUUUUUACCAUAAGAUAGUUUAUAUGAAUGUAAACCUUAAUGCUCAGAAGUAACUAAUAAGCAGCUUAGGACAGCUUGAAUGUGUAAUGGGUAUUUUAGAUCUGUUUUGAAAUAUUCCGAAUAUGGCCUAUUUAUUUAAUUGGAAGAUGCCUUCAAAUAAGCUUAAAAGUAAAAUUAUAUACUCUUAAGGCUUAUUUCUUUAUAAACUAUCUUUAUCAGAAUUCUCGGAAUUGUUUUUUCACAGUUGUUUUGAGAAUUAUACCUAUCUAUUAUUAUUUGUAACUAUAUGAUGGUAUUCUAAAUUUCACUGUCAAGGGAAAAAAAGCUAUGUAAAUUUUAAGACCUAGUUAUACAAGGUAAUGAAAUAUGACAUAGUACGCUGUAAUAAUGGUUGCUUCUAAUUUUAUAUUAAUAAAUAAAAAUCACAUCCA